AUGGAUACAAGCACAGCAGCUAUCCCAAGGUUUACUAUUAAAGUAGUUUUACUUGGAGAAUCUGCCGUCGGCAAGUCCUCAAUAGUCCUCAGAUUUGUAUCUAACGAUUUCAAGGAGAGUAGAGAACCUACCAUUGGUGCCGCAUUUUUGACAAAGAGAAUUACAAAGGACAACAAGGUCAUAAAAUUUGAAAUAUGGGAUACGGCAGGCCAGGAAAGAUUUGCUCCUUUAGCGCCUAUGUACUAUAGAAACGCUCAGGCUGCUUUGGUAGUUUUUGAUGUUACCGAUGAAGCGUCUUUUUAUAAGGCCCAAAACUGGGUCAAAGAACUACACGAGAAGGUGGGAGAAAAUAUUGUUAUUGCACUGGUGGGAAACAAGAUAGAUUUGUUGAAUAAUGAUGGCGAAAAUUCAAAUAGGGCUAUGAAGGAACCGGAAGUACAAAGUCUUUGCAAACGAGAAAACCUCUUGUAUUUUGAAGCAAGCGCUAAGACUGGUGAGAAUAUACACCAAAUAUUUCAAACAGUGGGUGAAAAAGUACCAUAUCCUAAACAAAACACACAACAAAACUCUGGCCAUGAUCACACAAUUACUGACAAUCAACGAUUCGAUCUCGAAUCAACAACUGUAGAAGGCACCAGAGAGACUGGGAGUUGUAACUGCUAA